CGCGACUUUUCCUCUUGAUAAGAGAGUCCGAUAAGGAUUAUCGCAGUAAGACAAAUUGCUGCCGUAUUUUGGUCAAUUGCAGUCCAAUUGCGCGGCCGAAAGGCACAUUGUUGUGCGAUGUGGAAAUCAUCAAUUCCGCGGGCGUUUGAAGACAGAAUCAGUGCUCUUAAAAAAUGGUGAAGGACUCGUGGGAUAAGUUUAGGACCACGGUUAAGCGCUGGUACGAGGGCACCAACAAGCGGAAGGUCAUCUACGAUGUCUACACAAUUCCUUCCUGGACGGCGCCAAUCAUCCUGGCCGUGGUGCUGGGCAUGUUCGUGGCCGUCCACUUCCUCUAUUACGCCCUGCCCGCGGCCUUGCAGCAGGAGCACGAGCCCUUCUAUCCGCAUCGCUUCAUCGCCGAGCGCGCGGAAAUGCACACAAGGAAUCUUACGCAAUUUGGGGCGCGCGUUGGGGGCUCCCAAGCUAAUGACUAUAGCGCUGUGAAUCACCUGUACGAAGAGCUGGAGAGAAUUGCCGUGAGAGCAGCGUCAGGAGUGCACAGAAUUGAACUGGAUGUCCAGAAAGCUGACGAAGGAGCCUUUGAACUGCAGUUCACUCCUUACGGAAUGACUAAUGUGUAUCAUGGUGUUCAUAACGUGAUAGUCCGCAUGACGCCAACGGUCCCUAAUUCCGAAUACAGUGGCCACUGCCUCCUGGUCAACUCCCAUUUUGACACAAUUCCCAGCACUGUGGGUGGAAGCGACGCCGCCGCCAUGGUGGGCAUCAUGAUGGAACUCCUCCGGAAGUUGUCCACUCGCGCUGAAGUCUUCCGGCACUGCGUGGUAUUCCUCUUCAAUGGCGCCGAGGAGAAUUACAUGCUAGGCGCCCACGCUUUCAUCACGCGCCACAAAUGGGCGGGAGCAGUGAAGGCGUUCGUGAAUUUGGAUUCUGCCGGUGCUGGAGGACGCGAAAUCAUGUUCCAGGCCGGUCCUGGACAUCCAUUCUUAGUGCGCCACCUGCAAAUCUCCGCUCCGCGACCCAGAGCUUCAGCCAUUGCGGAGGAAUUAUUCCAGAAAGGCACUGUGCCCUCGGAUUCGGAUUUCAGGGUGUUCAGGGACUUUGGGAGGAUUCCCGGAAUGGAUUUUGCAUUUCACGCGAACGGAUACGUUUAUCACACAAAAUAUGACACGCCAGAUGUUAUUCCCAGUGAAACUUAUCAGCAAGUUGGAGACAACAUCCUGGCCUUGUUGGUAUCGCUCCUGGACAGCUACGAAUUGUAUGAAGUGGAAGCCUUCAGUGAUGAGCCAGCUGUCUUUUUCGACUUCCUGGGAUGGUUCCUGGUCGUCUAUUCACGAUACGAGGGCGUCGUUAUCAACUCCUUAACUGCAGCUAUUGGAAUCCUGGUGAUUGCCUUCUGCCUAAAAGCCAUGUCCUUCAAGUCUGGCCUCUCAAUGACGGAGAUUCUGACAGAGUUUGGUGUCAGUGUGACCAUCCUGGCGAUUUCUGUGGGCAUCGGCAUAGCUUUGGUUCUCCUUUUGGCCGUGAUUCUGGAUUCUGCAGGACGCAGCAUGUCCUGGUUUGCCAUUCCCUGGUUUCUCUUUGGCCUCUACUUCUGCCCAUUGCUCCUGGCCAUCGGCACUGGUGUCACUCUGUACAUUCAUUACUUCAAGAGAGAUCUUCUCUCCAUAUCCCAUCGAGUGCAGCUCUUCCUCCACUCCCACUUCCUCCUUCUGAUCCUCGCUCUCAUCAUCACAACGGCGAUGGGUCUGAGAUCAUCCUAUGUUCUUCUUCCGGCGACACUCUUUUACGCCGUCACUGCUUUCAUCAAUGGAAUGCUCUUCCACAAUCGCCGAAGAUCCUGGCUGAUUGUUCAUCUUAUUGGACAACUGCUUCCUCUGCUGUUCUAUUGCCAGCAAGCUCAUCUCGCCCUGCUGACACUCAUCCCUCUCACAGGACGCGGAGGAGCAACUAGCAAUCCAGAUCUUCUUGUAGGAUUGAUCUGUACAAUUCUGGCUCUACUCCUGGGUGGCUUCCUCAUCCCUCUAGUCGCUCUCUGUCGUCAUCCUCGAGCUGUGCUAAGCAUCUUCCUCCUUUGGAUGUGCAUAAACAUUAUUCUGAUCAUCACACCACUUGGUUUCCCCUUUCGCGAAGCCACAGCGCCUCAGAGAUUCUGGAUAUUCCACACACAUCGGCGGAUCCAAGACUUCAACAAUGCAUCUUCUUGGGAAGAUUCUGGGUAUUUCAUACUUUCCAUGGAUCGUCACACGUCCUCCUCAGUGAAAUCCUUCAUCCCAGACUUGGCGCUUGCUCAGCCGCUGGGAAAUGCUUGUGAUGGUGAUCUCCUUUUCUGUGGAAUGCCGCUGCUCUCCUCGCGGAAGCACAAUCGUGCGUCAGAAAGCCUAUGGAUGCCUGGACCAGCUCCUGUGCUUCCUGAUGCCACUGGACUUGAACUUCUGGCAGAAACCCUCGAACCUGGUGCCACUCGAAAGACUUUCACCUUCGCCGUGACUGCCACAGCCCACAUGGGAAUCUUCUUGUCACCACGCCACGGAAUGGAAAUGGUUCAAUGGAGCCUCUUGGACCACGUACCGUCUUCAGGUCCUCGCUGGCACGACCGCGAGACGUAUUUCGUUUUCCUGAACUACGGCUUCAACUAUUUCCGCCGAUUGGAGUUCAAUGUCACUGUCCAGGCACCGAGCAUCUUCCGCCAGGGAAUUCAAAGUAUUGACAUAGCCAUUGUGUCCCACUAUCUGUUCCACGAGGACUUCCGGACGCCUGAAUUUAACGAGUUACUGGACAAAUUCCCGUCCUGGGCAUAUGCUCAAGGCACCCAGAGUUCAUAUGAGAGCUUCAUCUUCUAAACCCUGCCAUCAAU